ACCAUCCUGUGUGUAAUACAUACCCGCACUCUUAUAUUAUGCCAUUUCUUUUGCGUCUGCACAUUGUAGAAGUUAAAAAGAUAAAGAGUACGCACUGAUUCGAUGUCCCGCUUAAGGUUCGAUACUCUUCGUCUUCUUCGUCCUCGAGGCCGGCAUAGCGGGGGCAAUGUCAAGGUGGCCUAUAAGGCCAGGCGCAUCCCUGCCAGUCGAUCAUUCCUCGUCGAGAAACCUGAUCGUUCCACGGUGUGCGUCGAUAGGUUUCCAGUCGAUAACGAAGAAAGGAAAGACGAAAAAAGCAAGCUGCCAGAGAUGAGGAAUGCUGUACUACUGUGCUAUGCGUGCUCGCUGCUGAUCGGGGCCCAGGCCAUCGGAAUAUACAGAGGCCUAGAGUUUUUAGAGCCUUGCUCCAGGAGCGAUCCGAAAUUGGAAGCCUGCCUCGCUCGAACGGCCAAUACACUUGUCGAACGCUUUCGUCAAGGUCUACCGCAACUGGGUUAUCCAGAAGUAGAGCCAAUUAUUCUGGACGAGUUGCAUAUCGCGCUCGGCGGCGGCCCGAAUGGCUACAAGGGGCAAUUCAGGAAUAUCACCGCGAGAGGAGUCUCCGCUCUGCGAAUAACUGGCCUCAGGACCAGAAUGACCGACGACGAGGUGCAAUUGCAAUUGGCCUUUAGCAUUCCCAGAAUUAGAGCGGCCGCGAGAUACCGGUCCAGCGGAACCUUGAUCUUGGUGCAAGCUAGCGGCGCCGGGGAUUAUUGGGGCGAAUACGAGGGUGUCAGGGCCAAGGUCUUUCUCAGAGCAAGACCAUUUGCGUAUGAAGGUCGUCGUUAUCUUAGAUUGCAGCAACUAAAAAUGGACUUUAGCGUACAGAAUAUCAGAAUGGGAGUUGAAAAUGUGCGCGACACCAACAGUAUAUUGCUGGCGGCGCUUAAUCUUUUCAUCAAUACCAAUAGUCAGGAAUUGUUGAAAGAAAUGAAACCGGAUCUGCGGAGGAAACUGGUGCAGGUGAUGACGACUUUUGUAGAGAAACUUUUUGCUCAGGUGCCAUAUGAUGCCUGGAUUACGGAUUAAACAAUCGGGUGAUAAAUGCCGAGAGGAAAACCCCAACCAUUACUGCGUCAUUGAUGCACUCUUGAACCGCGAUGCGAGGUUUAACGCGAAAAAAGAACGCUCUUGUGAACUUACAAUAGAAUCACGGAUGACAAAAGUAUCGAUUAUUUUUAAUCGGUAUUUCCAAGCGAGAAAAAGAUUUCGACAAAAAGUUUCCACGUAAUGAUCAAUGGUCUUUCUAAUUUUGCACGUGAAUUGCCCGAAGGGCAAUCUAUAUCUGCAAAGGUUAUAAACAAUUACGGUGCAUAUAUACGAUACAGGGUAUUUCAUAUAAAACUCGGCAAAAUUUAAGCGAGUAUUCUUUGAAAAAUUACUAAAUUUUUUUAUUUUUUAAGUGUUUUCCGAAGCACGAUUAUAAAGAUAUUU